AUGUGCAACAAAAUGUCAGUGUUAACUCUAAUGUAUCUCGUAACAUUUUUGGCAGUGGUUCAAUGUGAUGUCGAUGAUAAUAAGUCUCCAAGUGUUGUGGAUUUCCUAAGCAAAGAUGUGAACGUCGGCCGCACGUUUGGUCACAAUGCUCUCAAACGGCUCUCAUUCAUAUUCCUGCCAGUUAUGUUUACCCUGGGCGUCAUAUCAACGCUGCUUAUGGCUCUUGCCGUAAUUUCCGUCAAGAAUCUCGCCAUUGGAGUAAUGUUGCUCAUUGUUGCCGUUAGUCAGGCUGUAUCGCGUCUCUUCUUCGCGGCUUCGGCUCCCUCUCCGCUGGUACAUCUUCAUCCUCGAGCUGAACUACUUCCUGCUCCUGUAACGGGCCCCUGGCCAGCAUCAGGCCCACUCCUUUCUCCGUGGGCAAGAUCUGACAACGAAGCCCCGAUUUCCGAUUAG